AGGGAUUUUCUGCCAGGCAUGCUCUGUAGGCUCUCUGCUUCCCUCCAUCCAUUCAGUCCUAUCUGCGGAGAGGUAGCCUAUUAUUGUCCCGCAUCCUGGAGGAUCUAUUGUUGGCUGAUGGUGACAUUUACCACGGCUCUGACUGAGGGCACACACUCAUCUACACACACACACACACACACACACGUUGGAAUACAGGUGCAGUUGUAAGAGACGGCAGCAGGGACGUGGCAGCAUUUGUACAUGUAGCUGAGUGGCGGGGCUGUCUGCAGAUCGGCCCACUCCAGCCAAGCCCCAGCAUGUUGUAGGCGGCUGCUACCAACAGGAAGACCGGAGCGGAGAAAGCAACAAAGAAGAGAAGGGAAGAAAGUGAAGGAAGGGAUGGUGAAAGAAGUCAACAUGACCCCAGUAGACCAGCUGGACCAGCAGUGAGCCAGAUCCAGCUGGAAGAGCCUGCAACCAUACACUCCUAUCUGCAGCACUGUGAUUUGGAUAUGAAUGGGAAGGUGAAUACUAAUGCUGAGAAGAUCACUCACUCCAAAAGUGCAAAUAUGGUGUCAGACCUGUCCCCAGAAGGCCAGCCUUACACCCGGACGUCUCGUACUCCCAGAGGUACUCCCAGAACGGCAGCCACGUUUGGGAAGCGCUCCAACUCCAUGCGCAGGAAUCCCAAAGCAGCAGUCAGCAAACAGGGAUGGCUGUACAAGCAGGCCAGCAGUGGAGUGAAGCAGUGGAACAAGAGGUGGUUCGUCCUGGCCGACAGAUGUCUCUUCUACUACAAAGACGAGAAGGAGGACACGGUGUUAGGGAGUUUGCCGCUGCUUAGUUUCCGAAUUGGAGGAGUGGAACCUUCGGAUAACAUCACCCGCAAGUUUGCCUUUAAGGUGAAUUCGGAGAAGGAGGAGGGUGAGGACGGCGAGUUACAGGAACCUGUUGUGUUUUGCAUGCAGGCAGAGCACGCGGGCACCAGGACGUACUACUUCAGCGCAGACAGCCAUGAGGAACAGGAAGGCUGGAUCAGAGCUAUGAGCGAGGCUGCAGAGGUCAUCAUCCAGCCAACACAUAGAAUAAACGCAGACGCCACAGUUGAUCUCAACCACACCAUGGUGACCAAGGCCCCCAACCCACAGACCCCGCAGCAUCCACACACACAAGCACACAAUGAAACGGACAAUGACUUCCCCCCCUACCCUAAAAUCAACGGGGUGAACAGCCUCGAGACCCCACCGCCCUCCACCCCCUGCUCCGACCAGGAGGGCACAAAGAACUACGGCAGACGAGGAGAAGGCGGCGGAGACGGCGAAGACGAAGGCGGAGGACCUGGUCCUGACCACGCCCCGCACCCGAGUCAACAUCCAAACGGUUGGGGCACUCGCAACGCCGCGCCCCACAACAGCCAGAGCCAUGCCCCUCUCUCCAGGAGUCACAGCGGACACCGCACCCCUCAGGGACACCCGGAGGGGGGUGUCGGCCCGACGCGGGACCCCAGGGAGCAGCAGGACAAUGUGGUGCUGAGGAGGGGCUUUGUGCCGCGGACGGCUCCAGAGAGGGUGGCCCAGAGGAAGAGCUCCAUGGCCCAGCUGCAGCAGUGGGUUAACCAGCGGCGGGGCAUGGCCUCACAGGAGGACCUCAACAGUCCCUCUCGUUACUACCCAGUGAACCGGGGGGUCCCGGGUGACUACUACGGCUACCCUGGUGGCCCCCAGUACGUGGAGGAGUACGCCCUGUACCCGCCGGGGGUCCGACCCGACAGCAUCUGCUCCGUCUCUACCGUGGGGGGCUACGACCGGCGCUGGACUGUGGAGGAGAAGCGCCACUCGCUGAGGGACGGACCCCAUCAGCUGUACGGACCCACGGUGCCCAGGGAGCAGUGGAGGCCGCAGGGCUAUGGCGGAAUGGAAACAGCCAUGAGACGUCUGUCCAUCCAGCCGCGCUCCAGGUCCGUGCCCAGGUCUCCGUCCUCGUCAUCCUACUCGCCCAACUUUGCCUCACCGGCCCGGUCGCCGUCUGCCCGCUUCGACCGCUUUCAAAGGGGGAUGAGGGACGACGUGAUCUAUGCUGAUCCCUCCGUCUACAGCCUGCGGAGAUCCCUCAGCUCGCCCAAGUAUGACUACCCUGGUGAUAGGAGGUCCUUAAGCCAAGGAUUAUACCACUACAACUACCCUGUAUCCCCUUCCAUCCACAAUAAAAUGGAGGACAUAUUAGAUCUACAGCUGCAGCGCAACCUGGAUUACUUAGACCAACAGGUGCUCGAGGGAAGCCACCUAGUUGGCACGGUUCGCCGAAUGGUGGAGCGCUCAUCCUCAACAGCAAAGCUCUGUGUGCAAGUGCCUCCCUUCCAUGAUGUCUACAGCAGAGAGUUACAUCCUACACUGAAGCUCAACGAGAUUGAAACCAGCAAACUCUUGGGUCGCCUGUGUGAGCAGAGCCAGAUUCUGAAAGAUCACGAGGCUGUUGUCCACCGACUGAGAAUGGACAAGGACAGCCUAGAGGAGGCGCUGGUGGCGACUCAUCAGGAGAUGGAGCUGUACCAUAACCAGCCGUUGGCCAUGGAAAAGCUGCGCUUCAAAAAGGAAACCUUGCAGAACCAGCUCAUCAACAUCAGAGGGGAGCUCUCCCAGGCCUCCAGUGCUUUAACCACCACUCGUAUGGAGUUUGAAGCAUUGGAGGAUGAGGCCAACGCCAUUCAUGGAGAUCUAUGGGAGCAGCUUAAUGCAGGAGGGCAGAGUGAACUGGUCCGUAGGCACAUCCAGAAAGAGUUUUGGAGAGUCCAGGAUGUAUUAGAGGGACUGCACAAGAAUAACUCAUCCAGAGGCACUGACACAGCCAAGCACAGAGUGGCCAGUGGUGCUUCAGGCUCCUUUAGCACCAAUAGUCCAGCCAGUCCCCUGAGCUCAGUAAGCCUCACCAGCCCGCUCAGCCCCUUCUCCCCAGUGCCCGGCUCCCAGGCCUCCCCCACCAAACAGCUGGGCCCGGAGGAAAGUGUUCCCCCAAGACCUCCCCUCCCCAAGUCCUAUUACCCUUUGGAGCCCUCCCCUACCUUCCCUCCCUCCGUCCCUCCCCUGCCCUUUGACAGCGCCACCUGGCUACGCAGCUUGGGCAUCGAUGACGGUUACCUUGAUGGUGAAGAUUCUCACAUCAGAAAGCCCAAAUUUGGAGAACACAACAACAGCAGUGACGUGCAGGACCAGGUACAGGACAGACAAUCCACCAUGAAUAAAGUUGGCAUUGUCCCUCCUAGAACGAAGUCCCCCACCGACGAAUCGCACAGCAGCUCUGCUAGAGUUUCCCGCCAUAAUGGCAGAGGGCCUAAUGGAAUCUCUAGGGAGCGGCCGAAGAGUGCUGUGUUUCCCGCGGAGCUGAAGUCGAAGAUGAGCGUGCAGGAGCAGAAUGAGCGAAUCCGACGCAACCAGAGCAGCUCUGUGAGGGACAAGAGGCGGAGUCUAAACCUCUCAGGUGGCCAGUCUCCAUCCAACUACAAAGUGAUCCGUAGGCGGCUGACAGCUCACGAGAUUGACAUCAAAGACCUGGAGGCGGCGGUUCGAGGCCCGGGGCAGGAGUCACCUCGGCAAGAGAUCGCUCGCCUGAGACGGUUAAAGGCUGAACCAGAACCCUACGACCUGGACCUCAGCAGAGAGGUGCAUUUGUUCCAGCUGAUGACUCCGGACAAGGUUCUGAUACCAGAGCGCUACCUGGACGUGGAGGACAACACUCCUCUCAGCCCCGAGGAACAGAAGGAGAAGCAAAAAAAACUGGAGCGGAUCAAGACUCUCAUUGCCAAAUCAAACCUGCAGAACAUGGUUCCUGUGCUGGACGGCCCUGUGGAUGGUGGGGCUCCAGUCAGCUCCCAGCAGCAGUUGGAGGAGCAGGAGAAGCGUAUUGAGAUCUCCUGUGCUCUGGCUGCCGAGGCCUCUCGUCGCAGCCGCCUUCUCUCGGCCCAGUGCGCCCCCAGCACCCCCACCUCCCCGACCAGCCUGGCCCCUUCCCCUUCCUCUGCUGACUUCCCCAACUCUGCCCACACCAUGAUGGCGUGAGUCAUGCAAGCUCAAGCCCUGGCUGCUGUCAAGUUUGAUGGAGCAUCUUUCUGAGGAUUCACCGGACAAACUACAACAAAAGCACGGAAAGCUGUCAGAGGAGGUUCCUAGGAGGCAAGAGCCAAUUUCAAAACCCAAUUGGAAGCUAUACAGACUUGUUUAACGCCCCCCCCCCAAAAAAAACAAAACAAAAAAAACCUCCAGUUCCAUCCAACGGUCUCCUGCUAUGUGUGCUCUAUGGCACCAAGGAAGGCUCCAGAUCUCCUACCAGCUUCAAGGUGUGAAAUAUUUCUCUAUAAUUUUGCUCAGGACAUAUUCCACAAAGAAGAGAUUACAGAUGAACUACAGUACGUUGAUGAUGAGAUAUUUUACACGCAUAAAGACAAAAUGUUCAAUGUUGAUCAGUUCACAAGGGAACACUACAUAUGAGAUGCCCACACUGAAGAGGAACUGGGGACAGAGCUGCAGAGAUAAAUCAAGAGAAAGAGUUUGGGAUGGGGCCAGAUGGACAUCACUGAGGUUGACUGGUAGACAAAAGCCUCACUAAAACCUACAGAGAGGCUUUGAACAUGCUUCUGGACACUAAAAGCCACAAUGAUGUUUAUACUGUAAUCAUCUAAUCUUCAUAUCAAUCUUGGAAAACCACCAUGGCUUGUGGCCCAGUGAGGAGUGGUGCUCAGUGACAGACAGACUGUUAACAACUGAGCGAAAUAAGAGUCAAGCCUCUCAUCCUUUGUAUAAAGAAAUAAAAGCUGAGGACUCCCCUUCUGAACUCACUGUGAUGCCUGUCUCACCACCAGACCUCCACCCCCUUCCACUUCUCCCAUCCCAUCAACAUGGUCUGGUAUUAACUACACUCAUAUGCAACCAUUAGCAUGACAUACAUUUGAUUGGGUCAAACGUAAUAUCACCUGGCUUAAAUUUUGCUUCAAUGCAUCGCCCAUCUUUCACACCAAACACGCAAAAGCCAACCCCUUCUCACUUCCAACUCUUCACAUGCUUUCCUUAGAGGCUUGGUCAGUGGCCCUAAGCUUCAGAUAGCGACGCACCAGGCACCCUUGUAUAGGACGCACUUGGCAGAGCAGCAAAAAGGACGCCAAAGGGGUAUCCAGAGUGUUAAAAGGUGACACCAGGGGUCCUGACUAAGCUUCAGUAUUUGACGAGUUGGGAUUGGGAGUGUGUUGAAAGAGCACAGAGUUUGUUGCAAGGCAGAGCUGAAGAUAAGGAGUUUUACAUCAACCAUGACCCAUCUUACAAAGCUGCUCAUGGCAACACCUUGUCCUACGUUCGAUUCAGUGUUGCAGACGUGAAACACAAUAUUCAUUUUCUGACCUGGUAUCCUCACCCCCUUUACUGACUUACUUGUAAGAUCUAGAGUAAAGCCCCUGAUAUACUCCAAAAUGAACAGCUCUGUACAUACCACACUGGGUGUACGCAGAUGUGGUCCAGCCGACAUGCUUGUAGGCAUAUAUAAAGUCUGCGUGGUCAUACAUUAUAAACCGCAGUCUGUGUGAAUCAUGCCAGACAUGUUACCUUGCAUGGCAGCUGGAUUCUCGCGGUAGCAUGAGAUCACGCAAAAUCGCAUGAUCACAUAUCACACAAAAUGUCCGGCUUCAAGUUAACGUAUUUGUGUCUGGACAUCUACUGGAAGCUACGGGCGUGGUUUUGAGUGUGAGUGGCGAUUGCGACCGUUUGUUCAAAACAAAGAUGGCGGACAUGAUAGACAGAUAGUUCAUCCAGUCACCUGCCAGGGCUUUUUUUUUAAGGUGCCUGCCCUUUUCCAAACAGUUUCCAAUGGCUGCUUAGAUGGUUCUGUGUAAAAGACCAUCUGUGCAGUUGAUGAAAUGUAUGUCCCACGGAUACAUUCUUUUCUACAUUGAAAGAGGCAUCUCACAGCCUCUGCCUGCUGUCAAUGCUGCGAUGCCAUUGGUUAAAGUCAUCUUAUUUGGGGGUGAAAAUUCAAUUCAGUUGAAAUUUUGCCACAAAAUGUGGAGGAAAAUCAAGGCAGUGUGCACAGCUAGGACUCGCUCUGCUGCUUGCUCUUUGUCAUGUUGACUUUACUAUGAUGUGAAAGCCGUUCAAAUUGUAAAGUUGAAAUUGUUAUUUUAGUUGAAUUAUGGCCAUUUUGUCUCAUCUGUAUGGUGGAGUGUUGUUAGACACUAAGACAGACACAUUUACUGCGGUUGGACUCGCUGUCUGUAUGGUUCUGUCCAGAGAGAAGUGUUCAAACCAGAGCUGUGAGACACCAAGUGACAUGCUUUCCCCUAAUGUUGUGGGCCAAACAUUUUAAUACGGAGAAUAACACCAGCAGUGGAUUAUAUACUUAGGUAUAUAAUGUGUAUUUCAACUUUUGCAAUGGCUGCUUCAUAGAAACAGCAGGCUGUGACACAAUAUUCUGCCCUAGAUGGAAAGAAGCAUCUGCCUGAGGCAACAACAAAGUCUGAAAGGGAGAGUCAGUUACUGCUCAAAGACGAGGGGGAAUAUGAGUCCGGAAGCCUUUUCCUGAUAGAACAUUUUUACACCUCUCCGUUUUCUAACCCCUCUCACCUUUAGACAAAAACGGUGGUCAUCUGGAGGUUAGACAGGGAAAACGUCAGACUACUUGAAGGAAAUUGGAUAGAUAGGUACCAGGGACUCUUGUGUUGAAGGCAAAUUCUUACAGAGCCAUCCACCUGCCUGAUCUCCACACCAUCGCUCUAUAUGAGCCUCACAUUUCUGAAUUCUGUUUUGGCACAGAAUUUUGGCAUUGAGCAACAAUCUCUAACCCUGAGCAGAUGCAUAUGAAUGUGAUCCUGAAGGGGUACCAUCACCUCACCAUCAACCUCUGUGUGCAGCUCUCACAUUUUUGUUAAAUCCCUUUGCAUUUUACCAUCGCAUUCAUUCAGACUUCGUCAUAGUGCUCAAGAAAUUCCCAUGUGAUUGUCUACAGAUAUAUAGGUAAAGUAUGUUGGAUAGAAAUGGUACAGUGCAUGUGCAAAGUGAAGAUAGAAGUGACCUUAGAAGAGUAUAACUCUGGGAGAAAAGCACUUGUCUGUGUGGAGAGGAGUUAAUGGUGCAUUUGAGAGGAAUUAUAUAGUGGAAAAAAAAUAUGUAACAUAUCCCAAAAACAUUUCAUCCUGUCAUGCAGUGCCAUACAUCUGAAACAUGUCUGUGUUUUGUCUGUUGUGAUGAAAGAACAUAUUAAUGACAUGAUUUACAAAGGAGGUUGAAUCUGGAGGAAAUGAUUGGUGGUACCAAUGGGGGUUGCCAAGGUUAGAAAUGUCUACCCAUCAUGGCCAACAUUAAAUAAUUAAAUAAUACAUUUUGAAAUAAAUGCAUUGUUUAACUUUGAAUGAAGUCAAUAACACAUUGAUUUCAUUUGGAAUAAGCCAACAUGCAUAAAUGAACCACAUAUUGUGAAAUAACUGAAAGAAAUAUUACAGCUCAACUCGUUAUUAUGCAACUCUGUCUCAUAAAAAAAUGGCAUUCCAAUUGAACUACACUGCAUUCUCAAUUAUGUUUUCGAGGGAAAUGUAUUUUCUCCUGGAUUACGGUUGUUUCAACACGUCCUCGUACCAGCGAUAGGCGCAGGUUGUGAAACAGUCAACAGGUUUAGGAAAAGUUUAUGGUUUGGGUUCAAAUAAUAUAUAUAUAUAUAUAUAUAAUAAACCAGAGCAAACCCUCCUCCGCAGCGCUGUGGAGGAAAGUCUGGCUAUGCGAGACUAGGUUGACACAUCCAUCCACCCCAACCUCAUCCCUGCAUGGACUUUGAGCGCGGACUGUGAUGCGGACUGUGAUUAGGAACGUAUUUGUGAUGUGUUGAAAACAAAUGUAAUCUUGGACAAAAUACAUUUCCCUCAAAUGCAAUUGAGAAUGUAUGGGAACAUCAUUUCCGGUAUUUUAGAACAGUGUGACUGAAGCUUUUUUCGUGACAGAAAGGUCCAAAACACUGAAAAAACUGCUAUCUAUAAUGUUAUUACUUUCUAAAUUUGGCCAUGCCUCUUCAUUGCAACUUCCUCCAGAUGUGAACGCCUUGACGACACACACACACACACACACACACACACACACACACACACACACACACCUUCUCUUUGUAAUGUGUGUUGUUUAUGCUUUUUGGCCCAUACACACUUCAAUGUUCAAGUGACUUGCCUUUGUAGAAAGCUAUUGUAUGUCCAUUCUCAGAGACAAUAUGGCACAGAUUAAUUAAGAAAAUAGAAAGUUACGCUGAAAGCAGUUAACGGCUCUCACUACGCAAAAACAAGGAUUUAAGAGAAUAUGUCUAUUUUUUUCUCGUUUUAAUUUUUUUUUAGAAAGGGAAUACGUUCAAAAAGAGGAAGUGGGUAUAUUUUUAGAUGCAUGGAUAUUCAAUGACAAGUUGACAGGUUAAAUUUGUACACUCAAUUCUGUUUUGCAUUUUUCACACACAAAAAGUACUUUUUUAUUUCAUUGCUCUUGAGGAUUGUUUAAGGGAGCACAACAUAGAUAUUUUUGGAUUAUAAUUGGAAUCCGAUGUCUUGAGAAAUGACAGCCAAUGACAGGUAGUGUCCAAUAUUUGAUACUAGAUGUAGCAUUUGUGGAUGAUGAAAAUAAAUAAUAUAUACAUUAUAUACAUUGGUCUGUGUACAUAAUAUUUUGGAUUUCAGUUACAGUAUAUCCUACUAUCACAUGUAACCAUUGCUAUUUUUUGGGGGGUUGGAAUAGACAAACUGCUUGAACUAUGCAAAUGAUUCAAAAAAAUAGACAAAUAAUACGCUUGCUUUCAGAAAACCUUGCAAUAAAGUGAAUGUAUACAAAUAAUGUGUUUCUUUAGAUGCUUCUGAAUUCAUCCCAGUAUUUUGUAUGAUAAAACAUGUCUCGCUGCCUGGAAUGAUGAUCUAUUUACUGCUCUCUCUAAUUUUACUCCACUUGUUGAUGAUGAAGUUCACUGCCAAAAAGACUACUGAGGUUUACUGUCCAGCGGCCCAUUACCAAUAGGCCCCCUGAUGAUAUUCUACAGUCAUUAUAUCAAACUGUAUGUCUGAAUGAAUAAAGUGCAAAAAACAACUAA